AUGCCACGGAAAGGAUCCAAGGAUAGUGUAACGUCAGGUCAACAAUCAGUCAGUGUCUCAAAAUCACCCAGGAAAUCAAUUAUUGCGGAUAAACUGAGCAAAUCCCCGGAUAGUGUUCACGAUGCAUCCACAGGGGUAUCUCUAUCACGGAACCGGUUUCGACGUCUGACUACGGGGAGUCUGUAUCAGCCUCGUGGAGAUGCACGUAAAUCAAGUGACAGUGAUUACCAUCCUCUUUCACGUUCUCCCUUGGAUCCGAUUUCCAGCCUUCUUGGCUUGGAUGGAUCCGGCCCAAACUAUGAGUCCGAUCGAGCCGAUUCCGCACUUCAUUCUCCAUCAAUUAUGUCCCGAGGACGACGUGUCAAGCGAUUUGUUCGAUCCGCACCUUCUGGGUUCGGGACCGAUAACUAUUCGACCGCUUUGGGCCCGUUACAGGAAAAGCACAAGUUGAAUCCGCUCGAACGGGUAUUUUUAGAAGCGGCAGAGAGGGGAGACAAGUCAACACUAGCCCGUUGUUUGAGUUUUAAAGAAAAAGUGAAUGUAAACUGUGUGAAUAUGCUCGGCCGCACUGCAAUUCAAAUUGCGGUGGACAAUGAAAAUAUCGAACUGGUCGAACUGUUACUCAAACAACCCGGAAUCAAGAUUGGGGAUGCCCUGCUCUAUGCUAUACAGGAAGGUGUGUAUCGGAUUGUGGAAAUGCUUAUCGAUCAUCCAUCAAUUACCAAAGAAAUGCUCGGUUCUGCUUGGACAGAACGUGUGGAUUUUGUCUCGAACACAGAAGAAGAAAGUCAUGAUUUCUCAGCCGAUAUUUCGCCAGUUAUUUUGGCGGCUGUAUGUAAUCAGUUUGAAAUCUUACAGUUGUUACUCAAUCGUGGAGCUCGAAUUGAAGAACCGCAUAAAUCAUCAUGUUCGUGUGUCAAAUGUCAUCGAUUAUUGAAUGAGGACCCACUGAAGCACACAUUACAACGGAUUAACACUUAUCGCGCUCUGGCCAGUCCAGCCUGGAUCUCUCUCACUUCCCCAGAUCCCAUUCUGACUGCCUUUGAGCUGUCCUCCGAACUAUUACACUUAGCCUCUAGGGAGAAUGAAUUCAAAGAAACCUUCAUCUCUCUAUGCGAACAGUGUAGGAAGUACGCUUGUGAUUUGUUAGACCUUUGUCGAGGCACUGGCGAGGUUGUGGCUGUGUUAAGUAAGAGUAACUUCAGUGACAGUGAGGACAGUGAAACAGAAGACGAGAACGAUGGGCCUCUGGAUGACACCGGUCUCGUGCAUCACACCAACAGUUCGUGCAAUCAUCAGCCCUGUUCAGGUGGGCAUGAACCGUCGGCGGCUUUAGGAGGCAACGACAUUGCUACUAGUGAUUUGAACAGACCGGAAAUUCACGACUGGCGUGCCUUAGCCAAUCGAGUGAACGGAACAAAACGCAAACACACUAAAGCGGAUAUGUUCUAUCAUCGUAGUGUUAGUAGCGCCCAACUCAGACAGGGUGUCAGCUUAGAAAGUCAACACACCGUGUCCGAUGAACUGGGCGACGAGAUGAUUGCUACAUCAAUGCUCAAUUUACAAAAGGUUGGUUCUUGUGUGAAAACAACUAUGGAUGGAUCUCGUUAUUUGCAUGUACCCCAGUCCCAGCAUGGACACACCGUCACUAUUCGCGACAAUCGAGACCCGUCCCAGCCUAGACGGAGUUGUCGCAAACAGGAUUUGACUGGGCCCAGUACCAGUGUGACUUUCAAUCAAACCGAUUCCACUUCAGAUGAUGGGAUCACAGCCGGAUAUUCGGCCGCAACUGGUGCUCGCUCUACUUUGUUCUGUGAACCGCGCAGAAUUCCCAAUGGACUGAAGACUCAAAAAAAUGCUGUGGUUGUUCCCCGUGCCCACAAUGCCACAGUAAGCGUGGAUCAAAUAUGA